GACUCUGGGCUGUGGGCGCGCCUGUGGCUCUUCGGCCAUGGUUUUCUCAAAUAAUGAUGAAGGCCUUAUUAACAAAAAGUUACCCAAAGAACUUCUUUUGAGAAUAUUUUCCUUCUUGGAUAUAGUAACUUUGUGCCGAUGUGCACAGAUUUCCAAGGCUUGGAAUAUCUUAGCCCUGGAUGGAAGCAACUGGCAAAGAAUAGACCUUUUUAACUUUCAAACAGAUGUAGAGGGUCGAGUGGUGGAAAACAUCUCAAAGCGAUGCGGUGGAUUCCUGAGGAAGCUCAGCUUGCGAGGUUGCAUUGGCGUUGGAGAUUCCUCCUUGAAGACCUUUGCACAGAACUGCAGAAACAUUGAACAUUUAAACCUCAAUGGGUGCACAAAAAUCACUGACAGCACGUGUUACAGCCUUAGCAGAUUCUGUUCCAAGCUGAAACAUCUGGAUCUGACUUCCUGUGUGUCCAUUACAAACAGCUCCUUAAAGGGGAUCAGUGAGGGCUGUCGGCACCUGGAGUACCUGAACCUGUCAUGGUGUGAUCAGAUCACGAAGGAUGGCAUCGAGGCCCUGGUGCGGGGUUGUCGCGGCCUGAGAGCCCUGCUGCUGAGGGGCUGCACGCAGCUAGAAGACGAAGCUCUGAAGCACAUUCAGAAUUACUGCCAUGAGCUUGUGAGCCUCAACCUACAGUCCUGCUCACGCGUUACGGAUGAAGGCGUGGUGCAGAUUUGCAGGGGCUGCCACCGGCUGCAGGCCCUCUGCCUGUCUGGCUGCGGCAACCUCACGGAUGCCUCCCUCACAGCCCUAGCCUUGAACUGCCCAAGACUUCAGAUCUUGGAGGCUGCCCGAUGUUCCCAUUUGACUGAUGCAGGCUUUACACUUUUAGCUCGGAAUUGUCAUGACCUGGAGAAGAUGGAUCUCGAAGAAUGCAUCUUGAUAACCGACAGCACACUCAUCCAGCUCUCCAUUCACUGUCCUAAACUGCAAGCCCUGAGCCUGUCCCACUGUGAGCUCAUCACGGAUGAUGGGAUCCUGCACCUGAGCAACAGCCCUUGCGGCCACGAGAGGCUGCGGGUGCUGGAACUGGACAACUGCCUCCUCAUCACUGACGUGGCCCUGGAGCACCUGGAGAACUGUCGUGGCCUGGAGCGCCUCGAGCUGUACGACUGCCAGCAGGUCACCCGCGCGGGCAUCAAGCGGAUGCGCGCCCAGCUCCCUCAUGUCAAAGUCCAUGCCUACUUUGCUCCUGUCACCCCGCCGACAGCAGUGGGAGGAAGUGGACAGAGGCUAUGCAGGUGCUGUGUCAUCCUCUGACAGCAGCUGCCCAGCCCAGGGCUUCACGAGGUGUCCCUUCCUCCCGAGGACCCGAGUCUUUCUGACGUAGUCCACCAUCAUCCAAAUCUGUUGAUUCUCCAUUGGGAAAGGCAUUUACAGGUAAAAGACUUCUGCAGGGACUGCAGUAACUCUCGUGAUAGUUUUUACCUUUAUUCUGCUGUGAUGCAAUCAAUUCGAAGCCUUGUGUCAAUUACCACAGGGCAAGAGUGGUCAUAGUGCAGCCAGGACCACGCAGGAGCCCUGGAUCUCUAGAGGUGGGUGCCUCCCUCGGUACAGGACUCCUGCCCUUGGCUUUGUCAGCAUUCCUCGAACAGACCAUUAGUGUUAGCACAAAUUGAGCAGAUAAAUAAGCUGUUGAUUUUCUACCUGAUACUUCAGCCAGUGGCCUACUUUUAUUCACAACGAUUCCAUUUUGAUUAGCAGGACUUUUCCACUUUGAAGAUUAAAUAGCAACUUUAUCAAAGUGACUAUACUGCAAAUUCAUAAUGCCCGACAGUUUUCUAUGUAGCGACUUACGUGGAAGGCAAGUUAAUAGGUUUCCAUGAGACACCAAAGAAUGAGGACUCUAAACAGGGGGAAGCAAGGUCUUCACCUUUCUGUUUCUGUCAACUUGUCAUAUAUCCUUUUGGGGACCAAAAACUAAACAAAAGCAACUCAGUUUGUGUUGCCUGAUUGGAAAUCAUAAGCUCUGGCGUAGGCUGUGGCACAUAAUGUGUUGUUGUUAUAGAAAAGCUGAUCAUGUCAUGUCUCACAAACUUUGGGGGACCUUAAAGAAACAGAAUUAAGGCUCAAGUUAUCUAUAAUAUAAUCAAUUAAAAAUAAUGGAUGCAUGUAGAA